UAUACACACAUACCUAUCUCAAUAAUAUACCCCAAAAGAAGAGACAAAACCCAAAUUCGAACGUUGUAAAAGAAACAAAGGAGAAGCCAAAAAAGAGGAGAAAAAAAAUGUCGUGUUCCGUUGCCGUAUCUAACUCUCCGGCGUUUUCUCCGUCAUCGUCUCUUUUCCUUAACAAAACGCCGAUCAUCUCUCCUUCGACGGAAGCUCUGAAUUUAACGUUGACCCACCUCAAGACUUCUUCUCCAGCUUCUCCGUCUCCUUCUCCUUCUUCGCCUUUCAGGCUCCGGCUUCCAAAGCCGCCGCCUGUGUCUUUGCUCUCGUCUUCUUCUGCUUCGAAUUCAUCGCCUUCCUCCGGUUCGGGUUCGGCUCCAGGACUUGGAUCGGGACCGGUAUCAACGGUUUUAAAGAGGAAGAGACCGGCGAGGCUGGAAAUACCGGUUGCGACGGAGGCCAUGAGUUUGGGGAUUCCAGCGACGCCGUGCGAAGUCGGGAAAGAGUUGGAGAGAGAGGGAGAUGGGUAUUCAGUAUACUGUAAAAGAGGGAGGAGAGAGGCCAUGGAAGAUAGGUUCUCAGCUUCAGUUGAACUUCAAGGAGAUACAAAGCAGGCAAUUUUUGGCAUUUUUGAUGGACAUGGAGGUGCUAAAGCUGCAGAGUUUGCAGCCCAGAAAUUGGAGAAGAACAUUUUAGACCAAGUUAUUACAAGAAGAGACAAGACUGCUGUACUGGAUGCUGUUAAACAAGGUUAUUUGAAAACUGAUGCUGAGUUUUUUACGGAAGACAAUGCUGGUGGGACAUGCUGCCUGACGGCUUUGAUCCAAAACGGAGACCUUGUCGUAUCGAAUGCCGGCGAUUGUCGUGCUGUUUUGAGCAGAAGUGGUACGGCGGAACCUCUCACCUCCGAUCACCGGCCUUCGAGGGAGGAUGAAAGGAGCAGAAUUCAAAACCUGGGUGGCUAUGUGGAUUUAUGCCGUGGUGUUUGGAGAAUUCAAGGUAGUCUGGCUGUCUCUAGAGGGAUCGGAGAUCGUCACCUUAAACAGUGGGUGAUCGCCGAGCCGGAGACGAAGAUCGUUAGUAUCAAACCCGAUUGCGAGUUCUUAAUAUUAGCCUCCGAUGGCUUAUGGGACAAGGUUAGUAAUCAAGAAGCUGUUGACAUUGUUCGCCCUUCAUUCAUAGGCACCGAUAAACCGAAUCUGUUGUUUGCUUGUAAGAAACUCGUCGAUCUUUCGGUCUCGCGAGGCUCGUUCGAUGAUAUUAGUGUGAUGUUGGUUCAGCUGGGGUACUAUAUUUGAUUCUCUUAACGAUUUAACUCGUACGAUCAUUACAAUUUUAGAGGAGGAAGAUUGAGUGACACAAAAUUUCAACCCUAAUUUUUUAUGCAAACAUACAACAACUUCGACACUUCAAUUGUGGCUAUGCCGGCAGGGUUGACAAUAUUUUAAUACAAUAAUUUAUUUAUUUAGACGCCAUAGCCGAGGAAGUAGAUGUGGAGAUGGGUUUAUUCUUUUAUUCAUCAUUCUUUGCGGGGAUUUUAUAAUUCCCAUGAGUUUUUAGUUGUAAACUUGCUUAUAUUAUUGACAUUCAUUCUUUUUUGAAAUAUGUUAGAGUUGUGUGACCUAAAUUCUAAGAGAUUGCUUGCAAGUCAAGUUAAAUAAAAAUAUAUUUUCUUUCUAGAA